UCUCAGAAACAACUCCUAAGUCAACUGCUGAUGUCGACUGCAGCUGCCAGCUAAGGAAGUGCUGCUUGCUUGUGACACAACCAGCUUUUCUGGGCGAAAAUACAGCAUGUUGCUGAUCGGUGAAAGCAGUGUGUGAAUUCACAUCAAACUCAAAUGUUUUACCAGCAUGGUGCUACACGGAAUGACUAAUCACAAAGCUUGCUGUCAUUCCACAUCAUAGUGAUGCAAGAGAUCUGUAAGCCCCAUGCCAAGGCACUGUACAUUCAUUUUACAGUAUGAAUGUCUUGAACAGGGAGUUAUGGGUAAGAUGGUCACAGAGCUGGGUGGGAGUCAACAGCAUAUUCACGCAAGUUCUGUCGAAGGGCCAUGAGGACUCGAAACGUCAACUCUUUUCUUCUCCGCCGAUGCUGCCAGACCUGCUGAGUUUUUCCAGAUAAACAGACAGGAAAGCUGGCAUCUCAACAGCGACAUGGUCUCUGACAGAGGGUUAAAACUUUAAUAUGACCAGAUCUAGAAUGAAAAAGUACUUCGGGUCAACUCUUCUAAUAAGUGUAAUCAUAUAUGCAGCAGUCACCAUAUUUUUAUAUUAUGCUAAGAAUACCACUGUGCAAAAAAACAGCAACAGUGGGUCUCAGUGCAAUUUCAGUAGAUACUGUCCUGCAAUUUUAAAUGGUGAGGAGGAAGCAUACCAACUUGGAGACAAUUGUCAAAAGCAGUGGAAGCCAGAAACAUUUCACAUUCAAGAACCAGUUAACUGCUUCCAAAUCAAACGAGAACAUCACUUCAUAACAGGUGUUCUGUCACAAGAAGAAGCCAGCUAUCCCCUAGCCUACAUUAUCACUAUUCACAAAGAGCUUGAAAUGUUUGUAAAACUUCUGCGAGCAAUUUAUAAUCCACAAAAUGUUUAUUGCAUUCAUAUUGACCAGAAGUCACCAGAAGAUUACAAGAGAAAGGUAAAGAGCUUGACUGACUGCUUUGAUAAUAUCUUUAUAGCUUCGAAAUUAGAACGUGUAAUUUAUGCUGGAUUUUCACGCCUGCAAGCAGACAUAAAUUGUAUGAAAGAUCUUGUAAGCUCAAGAGUUAAAUGGAAGCAUGUCAUCAACCUCUGUGGACAAGAUUUCCCAAUUAAAACUAACCAGGAAAUCAUUUGGCACAUCAAAAGUAAAUGGGAGGGUAAGAAUAUCACACCAGGAACACGGCAACCACCAAAUAUGAAAUACAGGACACAGUACAGUUACAAAGAGGAGAUCAAUAAUGGUAACGCUUACAUUUAUCAACUUAACCAGAAGAAAACCAAACCACCAUUGGAGCUCACUAUUUAUUUUGGAACAGCAUACUAUGCACUCACAAGAAAAUUUGUGCAAUUUGUACUAGAAGAUGCAUAUGCCAAAGCACUUCUUGAGUGGUCCCAGGACACAUACAGCCCUGAUGAACAUUACUGGGUGACACUGAAUCGCUUAAAGGAUGCACCUGGUACAACUCCAAAUGUUUCAUGGGAAGGCAAUAUACGGGCAGUAAAAUGGGCACCUAUUGCAGGACCAUCACUUGAUGAAUGUUAUGGACAUUAUGUCCACGAUAUCUGUGUGUAUGGACUCAGAGAUCUAAAAUGGAUCAUUGCACAGCCAGAUAUGUUUGCCAAUAAAUUCGAAAUGUCAACAUCCCCUCUGACUGUUAAGUGUAUGGAGCACUGGUACAGGAAUCGCGUACUUGAUCAAACCUCAGCAACUAUACAGCCGCACUGGUUCCUUGAGGACUAAGAGCAUUUUGUUAUGAAGAUGAAGAUUCAAACAAGAAGGAAAGUCGCUUCAAAAGCAAAUACUAUAAUUGGAAGUUACUCUCAGGGACAUUCUAGAACAUAUUCUCUACACGUCCACCACAAAGCUUUUAGGUGUAAAUCAUUUUGGGAAGUAGCUGUUUUUGUUCAUGGGUAUCAUGAAGAUUAAUGCAAAUAUAUAACACAGUGAAUGAACUAUUAAUUCCUUAUUGAUCCAUAUAAAAUACAUAGAUCUAUAUAAAGUGCAUUCUGCUUGGGACCAUUACUGUAAUUUUGUUAAUGGAAAAUAUCACUUGCGUAGCCACUGUAUAGCGACAGCGUGAAACAGCUUGCUUAACAUUUAGCUCUGAAAAAGUCAUAUGGACUCAAAACGUUAACUCUGUUUUUCUCUCCACUGAAGCUGUCAGACCUGCUGAGUUUUUCCAGCAUUUUUUGUUUUUGUUUCAGGUUUCCAGCAUCUGCAAUAUUUUGCUUUUAGCUUGCUUAACAUGUUGUUCAAAUUUUGGAGAUAGUUUGCAUUUCCAAAGUAAUUUUAGAUGGACUGGGCAUUUUUCAAGUCCAAAAAUGACAGCUUUUGGUCUAUUUGUAAGUUUGAGCAAUACAUAGCAAACAAUGAUCAGAUCAAGAUAACCAAUAUUCUGCAGAAUAGCUUUGAUGUGCUCUAUUUCUGCCUCAAGCUUGAAAGGUGAGCAAAUGCUAAGGCCCAUUUACAAGAUUGCUGAUAAGGCCAAUCUUACAGUGUGUGGAGCUACAGGAAUCCCAACACAUAUAUUGACCAGGGAAGGUAAACUUGUGUUGGAUAGUAGUGAAAAAAACUUUAGCGCAUUUCUCAAUUAGCAUGUUAAGGAACAGGAUGGAGUGGUUUCUGUCGAGGUUCAUCCCGAGCAGUUCUGUGACACAGGACUCUGUGCUCUACAGGCUGUUCCCAGGGACACACACCGAGACAAACAUCAACUGCAGCUGGAGGAUCAUCAACUCGGUGAAAGAUGUUC